GGUGGUUGCUAGGGUCGCUGGAACAGGAAGCGCUUCCUAGCGAGAUCAGAAGCACUUCCGGGGGCUGAGGCUCGGCUGCGGCAAAAUCAGAGCAACGGAAACUGUUGAGGGUGGACUUGGGGACUUGUGCCAUGGCUGCUGAGCUGGACUUCUCACCCCCUGAAAUCCCAGAGCCUACAUUCAUGGAGAACAUCUUGCACUAUGGCCUCUUCUUUGGUGCCAUUUUCCAACUCAUCUGCGUACUGGCCAUUAUCCUUCCCAUUCCAAAGACACACAAAAUGGACACUGAAAACUAUGAAACAAAAAGUUCAGAAGUGGUAAAGAAACCCAAAGCUGCCACAGCAUCGUUGAGCAAGAAACCCAAGAAAGAAACCAAGAAGAAGCGGUAAAACAGCUUAAUAAUGAAACUUUCAAGACAGGGUUACUAUCGACCAUUGAGCUUUCUUCAAGACUACAUUGAUGAAGUACAACUUAAAUGUAACACAAUUUUGGGAAAGCUAUGUAUAUUCUUGUUUCUGGUCAAGAGGAAGUAUUUCCUAAAAUGGCUUGAAGAUUAUUGUUUCAUCUGAUCUGUUGUAAAUACAUGUAUGGUUUACUGGACAUAUCUACGUAGCGUGGAAGAUCUUAGCAAUUACUGGGGUCGGGAGAGAGCAGUUCAUCUCCUUUGUGAUGCUCAAGAUGUGAAAUGCAGGUCCCAUGAAAUGGGUUUUGGCCCCACAAAAUGCAUUUCUCCAUACUUCUAAAAGACAGAGGGAUCAUUCACUACAGCUCAUUUUGUGUGUCAUUGAUGAAAGGGAUCAGCUGCUACAGCUUCUUAUUUUGUAUGCCAUUGAUGUGCUUAAAUAUACCUGAUUUUAUAUCC